AUGGUCAUUAAAUUGUCAAAACUAAAGAAAGAAAUUACUGUGGUGAGCCUGCAACGGAGACAACACCUGAGAAUCAACUUCGCGUUUACUGAAGAUGAUAACAUAGAGCUGGAGAAUAAGUGUCGCAGUUUUUGGAAGUUUAUCGCUAGCCAUCCACAUUUGGAACAGAUCAAGGUUUUGCCGACAAAUGAUGCUGAGAGCACAUCUGCUGAAGAUGCUGAAAUAAUAACGAAAAUGCAAUCGAAUAAUGCAGUGAAAACUGCAGUGCAGUGGAUGGAACACGACGAUGUAAUGAAAACUGCAAUGAGAACGAAAUUCAGGAAAACCUACUGCGAGCUGGAUAGAGAUUACUGCGAUGGGAGGAAGAAAACCCGCAGAAACUCCAAAAUACAAAUCAAUGGACGUAAAG